AUGUUAGACAUGUCACAAUCGUUGAGCUCGGCCCCACGCUUGAAGCCGGAUGUUCGCCUCGCACAGGCUGUGUCACAGUUCGAAGCCGAACUGUCCAAUGAGCAAAAAGCAAGUUUCCGUGCCUGGAGAACUAAAUCAAUUGAAUCUCCACCUAGUAUUCAAGAUGUCAUGCAACUUACCGCGGAGAUUGACCGCGUCCCGGAAAGGAGACGCCGGUGCUUGGGACCACGACUUAUGAACGUCCUACAAGCUACCCAGCAAUUCGCUGCUUUGGGGGAUAUCAUAGUCGGUGGAUCUCAAAAUCUGCUUGCAUGUGGUGUCUGGUCAAUAGUGCGUAUUUCGCUUCUACUAGUCCUCGAUUUUUCCUCCUAUCUAGAGCAAUUGUCGAGGAUAUUCAUGACCGCUGGCCGUCUUGCCCCACGCUACGAAAAGAUGGCUUUACUUUAUCCUCGGUCAAAGGAUUUGCAAUCUUGUCUUUGUGAAUAUUUCAUUUUGAUCGUACGCCUUUGCCAUGAAAUGACUAGUUUUACACGCAAGUCAAUUUUCGGGAAAUUGACCUCCGCGCUUGGUGACUCGGAUCUGAAGACAUAUCAAUCAGAGCUAGAGUCAUGGGGAAAGACAAUCAAAGCCGAAGUCGCCUUCUUAAUGGCGAAGGGAAUUGAGGACGAAGCCGAACACAAUUCUCGGUUCAGAGUAGUCUCAUCAAUAUUCCAGAAAUCAACUGCAUAUCAGCAAGCGAUUCAAACGAAACAACGAGUGCUAGAUUUCUGCUCCCAGUAUGAUUGCACCGUCUCGUGGAAGCAGGCUCGCAAAUCUGGAAACACUAAUCUGUUUCGAGAGAGCCCCAAAUAUCAAAACUGGAAAAGCAUGCCAGUUUCUUCCACCCUCGUCUACACUGGAAAGUUGGGCUCUGGGAAAUCGGUUCUGCUCGCUAAUAUAGUGGACGAUCUCCACAUUGGGAACGAACUGACCCAUGUGGCAUAUUUCUUUUGCCGACAUGACGUCUCUGAGAGUCUCAAAGCACGGGAGGUGAUUGGCUCCUUAGCUCGUCAGUUACUAUACCAUAUAUCAGACUUCACGGCUGCCGCAGAAUACUUGGACAUAACGCAUCAAAUUGAACCCAUGGAAAGGCUAAUGGGCCUUCUUUCAAGCUCUCUCGCUCCUCUUCGACUAAGUAGGAGGUUCUUCCUUGUUAUUGAUGGAUUGGACGAGCUCGACGUGCAUCAAAGAGAUAUCCUGAUCCAACAACUAUCAGAUCUUCAAAGUGAAACACUUGCAAUACUCCUCUGCAUUUCGCUUCGUGACGAUCCAAAUGAGAGCCCCCUCAAGACCAACUUCGCACGACUUGCUGCGCCAGUUGUCACAGCGAUUCCAAACAACACACCCGACAUUGAGGAUUUCAUCGAGACAGAGUUGGAAAGUCGUAUCGAAUCAGGAAAGCUCACAAUCGGCAGCCCUCUUUUGAUUCUAGAAAUCCAAGACGCUCUAUUGAAAGGAUCACAGGGGAUGUUCCUUUGGGUAGCUCUCCAAAUCGAGUCUUUAUGCACCAUGGAAAGUGACGAAGAGAUCCGCCAAGCUCUCGCAGACCUGCCGAAAGAUCUUUCGGCGACAUUCUCUCGUACCUUACGGUCAAAAUCCCAAAAUACCCGCCAAAAGGAGAUAUUGGCCAUUCUGACUGUGGCCCAAACCCCACUCACUCUCCAGCAACUGCGGGAGGCGCUAUGUGUAGUUCCUGGUGAUUUGAACUGGAAUCCGGAUAGACUUCUCAACAAUAUGCACAACACCCUAGCUUCUUGUGGCAGUCUUGUCGCUAUUGAUGAGGAAGAGUUUACUAUACAUCUUGUCCACCACAGUGUGAAACAGUUCCUUCUUGGCGAAUUCAAAGAUUCGACCGAAACCCUAGUCAAUGUUGAUGACGCUCAUCAAAUGAUGGCAAGCAUCAUUUUCACCUACCUCAACUACGGCGUAUUUGAAACUCGAGUUUCAAAGACCGUAAUACCUCAGCUAAAAACUGGGUCCGUUCCCUCAGAGGUGAUCCUCUCAACACUCAAGUCAUCAACUGGUGUCCGGAAUAUGGCAAUCAAACUCCUCAGAUCCCGCAAAGGGUCUGGCUUUGAUAUUGGAAAGAUCAUUGCAGAGACGAAGCUCCAGAAUCAGCCUACAGAAGAACAGUUCUACUUCCGCAAAUAUGCAGUAUCAUUCUGGCUAUACCAUGCUGUCCACGCCUUUGACCUCCCCGAAGCCAUGCACAGGUUAUUACUGAGACUUUUAGACCGAAGGGUACCCUUAGGCCUCAACAUAAACGACGAAGAUAUCGACAAACUACUAUCGUGGUCCGCAAAAAAGAAACAAUAUGCAUCUUUGAUCAAGAUAUUGCUUGAUUCCGGAACCAUGACAUCAACAGAACGAGAUAUGACUCUAGAUGCACUGCAUAUUGCUGCGGGUGAAGGACACGGUGCAAUGAUUCGAGUCCUCUUAGAGCGUGCAAAGAUGAAUGACAUGAUGAUGUUCGAGGGGUCCCACCCCCAGCAACUACAUCUAUCCGCUCAAAAUGACCUUGAGUUGACAGCACAACAGCCACUUGAUUCCAACAUGGUCGAUGUCAAUUCAAGGGAUUCCCUGCGUUGGACUCCUUUGCAUCGAGCGGCUAUGAAUGGACACUCUUCGACCGUGAUCUUUCUACUUACAGUCGUCAACGCCAAUCCUACAACACCCGAUAUAAUGGGACUCACCCCUUUGCACCUGGCUAGCAUGAAUGGACAUUCUGCUGCCAUCGAGGCACUCCUUGAUCACGGAAAUGCAGACCCGCAUGCUAUUGAUAAUGAGGGCCGAACUCCUGGUGACCUUGCUCUGGAAAAGCUCGACGAAGAAACCAUUUCUAAGCUAGAUCCCCGGCUUUUUGGUUCUACCAGAAAAAUAAUCGAUGUUGCCCCCGCCGAAGGAGAGACCUGUUAG